AUGGUGGCACACGGCCCUCAUGGUGGCACACACGGCCUCAUGGUGGCACCUGGCCCUCAUGGUGGCAGGCCCUCAUGGUGGCACACGGCCUCAUGGUGGCACACGGCCCCUGGCAUGGUGGCACACGGCCCUUAUGGUGGCACACGCCCUUAUGGCCCUCAUGGUGGCACGGCCCUUAUGGUGGCACGGCCCCUCAUGGUGGCACCUGGCCCUCAUGGUGGCCACACAGCGGCACCUGGCAUGGUGGCACGGCCCUCAUGGUGGCACCUGGCCCUGGUGCACACGGCCCCAUGGUGGCACACGGCCCUCAUGGUGGCACAGCCCCUCAUGGCACCUGGCCCUCAUGGUGGCACACGGCCCUCAUGGUGGCACACGGCCCCUCAUGGUGGCACACGGCCCUCAUGGUGGCACACUGGUGGCACACUCAUGGUGGCACACGGCCCUCAUGGUGGCACCUGGCACACACGGCCCUGGUGGUGCACACGGCCCCUCAUGGUGGCACACCUGGCCCCUCAUGGUGGCACACGGCCCCUCAUGGUGGCACACGGCCCUCAUGGUGGCACACAGGCCCUCAUGGUGGCACACGGCCCUCAUGGUGGCACACGGCCCUCAUGGUGGCACACGGCCCUCAUGGUGGCACCUGGCCCCUCAUGGUGGCACGGCCCUCAUGGUGGCACACGGCCCUCAUGGUGGCACGGCCCUUAUGGUGGCACACGGCCCUCAUGGUGGCACACGGCCCUCAUGGUGGCACACGGCCCUUAUGGUGGCACUGGCCCUCAUGGUGGCACACGGCCCACUUAUGGUGGCACACGGCCCUCAUGGUGGCACACGGCCCUCAUGGUGGCACACGGCCCUCAUGGUGGGCACACGGCCUCGCACAGCCCCUCAUGGUGGCACGGCCCUCAUGGUGGCACAGGCCUCAUGGUGGCACCCCUCAUGGUGGCACACGGCGGUGGCACCUGGCAUGUGGCACACGGGCCUCAUGGUGGCACACGGCCCUCAUGGUGGCACCUGGCCCUCAUGGUGGCACACGGCCCUCAUGAACUGUGUAACCUCAUAAGACUGUGCAACCUCAUGAGACUGUGUAACCUCAUAAGACUGUGUAACCUCAUAAGACUAUAA